GCGCUGCGAGUAUAGCAUGGCUAAUUUUAGUACUGGGGAUCGAAUGAGAAAACCAAAAGGUGAUAGACGAUCUACAGAGAUAUCUCUGGUUAUUCGCCAGACGAUGGAAGCUUGCAUAAUGACACAUUUGAUGCCUCGAUCUCAGAUAGAUAUUUUUGUCCAAGUUCUCCAAGUUGAUGGAGGGACUAGAUCUGCAUAUAUCAAUGCUGCAACUUUGGCCCUUGCAGAUGCUGGGAUUCCUUUGCGGGAUCUUGUUACUUCAUGUAGUGCUGGGUACCUUAAUAGCACUCCUCUGCUUGAUUUGAACUAUGUAGAAGAUAGUGCUGGAGGUCCUGAUGUCACUGUAGGGUUUCUACCUAAGUUGGACAAAGUGACUCUUCUUCAGGUUAUAUUUGAACAUCUGUUCUUAUUUAUUCUUCUCUACAUGUCUUAUAGGUUUAAUUGAGACUCAUUUA